CUAAUCCCCGCCCCCUGUGCCCCAUAACAACAUCCGGGUCUCUAGGUGGGAAGGAGCAGAGAGGAGACAUCAGGAUCCCAAACUCUGAAGAACCAGAGUGUUUAUUAUAUGUUACAUGUUCUGUAUUCUCACUGAUCACUGAAGAUGGACAUGGACAAGAUUCAGAAGAUGGAGAGGAUAAUAAAUCUCUCCCUGGAGAUCAUCUACCUGCUGACUGGGGAGAAAUACACAGUAGUAAGGAAGACAUCUGGCGAGUAUGAGACAACCAGCAGUCGCCCCCUUGUGUCAGGAGGACUAAGCAGGACCCAGAGCCCCAUCCCGGUGCCUCCAUUUUACUCACUGAUACAUGAGAGAGACCAUGACCAGGAGAUCCUGGAACUAACAAACAAGAUCAUUCAGCUGCUGACUGGAGAGGAGGAGGAGUAUAUAGAGGAACACAGGGAUUUGUACAAUGACGUGAUGAUGGAGAAUCACCGGCCCCUCACAUCACUGGCUAGGCCCAGUAACAGAGAUACCCCAGAGAGAUGUCCCCGUCCUCUGUAUUCCCAGGAUUGUACAGAGGAGAAUCACAGGAUCCCACAGGAGGUUGAGAGCGAAGAUCUGAUGGAUAUUAAGGUAGAAGAUACAGAGGGAGAAGAAGAGACGUAUGUGACUGAUAUGAAGGCAGAAGAUAUAGAGGGAGAAGAAGAGACGUAUGUGACUGAUAUAAAGGCAGAAGAUAUAGAGGGAGAAGAAGAGACGUAUGUGACUGAUAUAAAGAAAGAAGAUAUAGAGGGAGAAGAAGAGACGUAUGUGACUGAUAUGAAGGCAGAAGAUAUAGAGGGAGAAGAAGAGACGUAUGUGACUGAUAUAAAGGCAGAAGAUAUAGAGGGGGAAGAAGAGACGUAUGUGACUGAUAUAAAGAAAGAAGAUAUAGAGGGGGAAGAAGAGACGAAUGUGACUGAUAUGAAGGCAGAAGAUAUAGAGGGAGAAGAAGAGACGUAUGUGACUGAUAUAAAGGUAGAAGACAUAUCGGGAGAAGAAGAGACGUAUGUGACUGAUAUGAAGGCAGAAGAUAUAGAGGGAGAAGAAGAGACGUAUGUGACUGAUAUGAAGGCAGAAGAUAUAGAGGGAGAAGAAGAGACGUAUGUGACUGAUAUAAAGGCAGAAGAUAUAGAGGGAGAAGAAGAGACGUAUGUGACUGAUAUAAAGAAAGAAGAUAUAGAGGGAGAAGAAGAGACGUAUGUGACUGAUAUAAAGAAAGAAGAUAUAGAGGGAGAAGAAGAGACGUAUGUGAGGUGUGAUCAGCAGUGUAAGGAGGAGACAACCCCUACAGAUACCAGCACACCAGAUGGAUGUAGCAGCCGGAAUGUCUCAGAGGAUCCUCUGACUAUAUUUCCAGAUGGUGAAAUAGAAGAAGAGAAUGACACCCAAGAUUCUACGGAAGAAAUCCCUCUUACCCCAGUUAUACAUCCGGAACAUCACCGUGCAGAUAUAUCAUCUGGUUCCUCUGAUCCUGGGGAAUGUUCUCCUGAUAUCUCUGAUGCAUCUGUUACAGCUCUGACAGUAGAUACAGUGUGUCCCUCUAAUAUAGAUGCUGAAUGUUCAACACAGAGCACAGAGCCUGUUACCCAUCAGCCAGGGAAUAGGCCACUUCAAUGUUCUCAGUUUGGGGAAUGCUUUAGAUAUGAAUCAUUUUUAUGUAUACAUCAGAGAUAUCACAAAGUUGAGAGGCUGUUUCCAUGUUCUGAGUGUGGAAAAAGUUAUACAGAGAAAUCAAAUCUUGUUAGACACCAGAGAAGUCGCACAGAGAGACCAUUUCCAUGUUCUAAGUGUGGGAAAUGUUUUAGAGAUAAAUCCGUUCUUGUUAAACACCAGAGAUGUCACAGAGAGAGACAAUUUCCAUGUUCUGAGUGUGGGAAAUGUUUUAGAGAUAAAUCAGUUCUUGCUAGACAUCAGAGAAGUCACACAGGUGAGAGACCAUUUCCAUGUUCUGAGUGUGGGAAAUGUUUUACAAGGCCAUCAAGUCUUUUUACACAUCAGAGAAGUCACACAGGUGAGAACCCAUUUCCAUGCUCUGAGUGUGGGAAAGGUUUUGGACAGAAAUCACAUCUUGUUAGACAUCAGAGAAGUCACACAGGUGAGAGGCCAUUUCCAUGUUUUGAGUGUGGGAAAUGUUUUAGACAGAAAUCAUAUCUUGUUAGACAUCAGAGAAGUCACACAGGUGAGAGGCCAUUUCCAUGUUCUGAGUGUGGGAAAUGUUUUGGACAGAAAUCAUAUCUUGUCAGACAUCAGAUAAGUCACAUAGGUGAGAAGCCAUUUCCAUGUUCUGAGUGUGGGAAAUGUUUUGGACAGAAAUCAGAUCUUGUCAGACAUCAGAUAAGUCACACAGGUGAGAAGCCAUUUCCAUGUUCUGAGUGUGGGAAAUGUUUUGGACAGAAAUCAUAUCUUGUUAUACAUCAGAGAAGUCACACAGGUGAGAGGCCAUUUCCAUGUCCUGAGUGUGGGAAAUGUUUUACACAGAAAUCAUCUCUUGUUACACAUCAGAGAAGUCACACAGGUGAGAAGCCAUUUCCAUGUCCUGAGUAAGUGGAAUUACUCAGGAGGUACUUUGUGUGUUUGCAAGUGAGAAUAUUUUAUGAAAAAAUUAAACGGCAUUGUGUGGCUCAUUCAGUUGCAGUUCUUGCUGUUGCUAUCUUGCCGUAUGCAAUUGCAAGUAUAAGCUAAUAUGGGCAGAUGCUAACUAAGCAUAGGGGCGCCCAGUGCUGUUGCAUUAUUUCCGUCCAGCAGCGUAUAAUUGCUGAUACAUCGGUACCAUCAUUGCAAAUUAGGCCAUGUUGGAGAGUCUUGAGUGCCUCGGAAGAUGCACAGGCUGAGCUGCUCUCCCAGGAUGCUGAGGGCUCUCCAGUAGAAAAUCAAAACAGGUUACCGUCCGUAGAAGAGGUUGGAAAGUUUGGGGGCACACUUUGUAUAAUAUGUCUAGAAAAUGUUAAACUAUAACUUAUUCAGACCUGGGUAAAAUAUAUAAAACUUUACUCACAAUGCAACAACAAAAAUAAAUAUUUUAUGAAAAAAUAUUGUUUGCUGAGGGGUACGUCACUGGUGAGUGAAUGUGAAACGUACGUUU